GACUCGAACAGAAGUACGACUUUAGUCGCUGGCAGAUACACACAGCUACCUAUUUGAGUGCUUAAUAGUCAGCAACAAAUGUUUAAUGGUUAGACGUUAGACCAUGCAAUCACAACUCGGCGACAAGUUCAUUUCUGAGGAUGAGGUCGAUGAAGGCCCGUCCACGGCCAGUGGUCAAACAAACAACCACCAUGUAGUCCCGCUGGGAAUCCUCAUGGUAGUCUGCACAAUGUGUCUCGUGGUCGCUGGGGCGCAAUGCAAUUACAGAUACUAUUUCGAGCCCGGAGUUGCUGCCCUCGAUGUAUACGGUCCCGAUGUCUCUCUCGACGAAGGCUAUCCGGAAACCAUUGAGGAGGUGCCAGCAAGCAACCUCGGAUGCACAAAGCUUGAGGUCUUCGGAAAGGAAACCGCACAACAAAAUGGCACCACUCCGACUGGCAACCGAAUGGCCAAGCCAUCUCAGUCCAAGGCCGCCAAGCGAACUCGAAAUGGAUCAGGUGGAAGCGCUGCUAGUAAGCGCACUCGUGGGGCUAAAGCUCUGGAGAGUAACAGGAGAAAGCAGGAGACCGCCAAGAAGAGCAACACGGCAGAGCCCAUAAUAUAUCUGUUUGCCCUGGUCUUCAUUUAUCUGCUCCUAAAGGCAGCAUCCGACAUCAAUCAGCACUACAAGUCGAAGAACAAAGGGGACAAACGUUUGCGCCGUUGCUCGUUGCAAUCCUAUGCGCAAAUACACAAGCAGGAUCGGAGGGCCUCAAAAGGUAUUUCUCCAAAAACUUUGCCAAAAUUUUAGGGGUUUCAUGUAACUCGCUGGGCCGAAGAUUACACAUCCGUUCAGGUUAAUGAGGGAACAACUUAAACAUCUAAAUGUUAUCUACUCUACUCUACUUGUAUUUACUACUACCAUUAAUUUUUGUAUACUUGGAAACUUUCUAUACUGUGAAGCACUUUGUCCAUUAUGAGAGCUGACUUUCUGACUAUUUCAGAAGAACAACAAACCCCUUUAUAUAUUGUAUACUUUUGAUCUCUAAAAUCC